CUUCGCCGCUCGCCCGCUAACAGCAAAGCCGCCGAGCCGAGCUCUAAAUUGAUAAUAACCGCGCUAGAGCCCCACCGGUGCUCAGAGGCGGGAGGGAUCGCAGAGCCGCGCACAACAUGGCCACUCUGCUGCGGAAAAUCGGGCUGAUCCGGCUGCACAGCCGGGACACGGAGGACCCCAAGCACCACCACCACCACCGCAGCAGCAGCCAGCAGGGCUCCUCACUCCGCGGCAGGGGCAACCAGAAGAACAGCAGCAACAAGCCGCAGCCGCAGGGCCCCCCCGGGGGCGGCUGCAGCAGCAGCAGCAGCGAGGGCAGCCCCGGGGGCCACAAGAACAAGAAGGCGCCGGAGCCGGCCAAGCAGCCCCCGCAGCAGGCGCGCUCGGGAGUCGGCCGGGAGAAGCCGCGGGAGGUGGGCAGGGAGCCCGGCGCCGGCAAGGAGGCAGCGCCGCGGCCCGGCCCCGGCUCCGGUCCCGGGUGCGGGUCGGGGCCGGCGGCGCUGGUACCCGCGGGCCGGCAGCAGCACUGCACGCAGGUGCGGACCCGGCGGCUGAUGAAGGAGCUGCAGGACAUCGCGCGGCUCAGCGACCGCUUCAUCUCGGUGGAGCUGGUGGACGAGAGCCUCUUCGACUGGAACGUGAAGCUGCACCAAGUGGACAAGGACUCGGUGCUGUGGCAGGACAUGAAGGAGACCAACACGGAGUACAUCCUGCUCAACCUCACCUUCCCCGACAACUUCCCCUUCUCGCCGCCCUUCAUGAGGGUGCUUAGCCCCCGCCUGGAGAACGGCUACGUCCUGGACGGCGGGGCCAUCUGCAUGGAGCUGCUCACCCCCCGCGGCUGGUCCAGCGCCUACACCGUGGAGGCAGUCAUGAGGCAGUUCGCCGCCAGCCUGGUCAAGGGGCAGGGCCGUAUCUGCAGAAAAGCUGGCAAAUCAAAAAAGUCAUUCAGUCGAAAGGAAGCUGAAGCAACAUUUAAGAGUUUGGUGAAGACCCAUGAAAAAUAUGGGUGGGUCACCCCACCCGUCUCUGAUGGCUGAUGUUAGCAACCUGCACUUGACAAAAAUGCUGAACAAAAGUACUGUGACAUCUCCUCAGUGCUGUACACCGCCCAUCCUUUUCUACUUCAGCUUCAGUUACAUACCAUGAAUGUCAAGGAGACAUCUAAGUUAUUUAUGAACAGAUGUGUUUACAGAGGGAGAGAAAAAAAAAUGCUGUGUAGGAUUAUAUUUCAAGACUGGAGAAUGGUCAUCAUUGAAGUCACUUGAGCGGAUGCUGAGAUUGCGUCAUUUGCCCCCAUACAGCCCACAUUGUCUUCAGCUUCUUUCCAUGACAGCAGCACCAAACAGCAGUACUGGAAAGUCUAUCCAUUACUGCUCAGUUCAUUUAAAUGUAAAUGAAACAGUUAAUAUUUAAUAGGGAAGCAGUGCAUUGCAGGUACAUGUUUGCUGUGCUGUUUAUCUUUGUCUCCUAGCAGGUCAACAUAACUUGAAGAUUUGUCUUUAUGUGGAACUGUGGUCUGCUGUGACUAAAUUUAGACCUCAUUUGUGCUCUAUAUAUGACCUUUAAUUCAUAAAUGAAACCAGAAUUAAAAUGCUGAAAGGUCCUAGUGUUGAAAAAUUAUUAAGUGGAAUCACCCAACCGGUUACAAUGUGCUCUCUGUGCUGAUAUUGUGAUGUGCUGUUCAGAAAUAAACCAGUGCAGUUAGCUGAAGGUUAGGUGGCUUUUUAAAACACAUCGACACCAGGGCUCAAAGGGGUUGGUUGGUGGUAGCAGAACAAUGAUUACCCUGCUGGUACCUUCUGCAGUAGCAUGUGGCCUGUCAGUCCUUCAAAACAGCAAAACAAAUGAGUGGAAAUGGACAAAGCAACCUUUAAAUUUUAUCUGUUUAAUUUUGAAAUGAUAUGCCAGUAAAAAGAGUAAAAAUUUUCAAGUCAAAUGGAACAUGGUUUGUAAGAUGAUUUGCAUGACUGGAAUUUUUUUAUUUUCACUCAAUAGACAUUGUAUGUACUUAGAGCCCAGUAUCUGAGAAAACCCACUGAUGUAUAUAAAUGUCCUAUUAUUUAAUCAUUAAAAUUUAAGUUUUCUGGUAAACAAAUUGAAAAAAACAAUUUUCUAAGGGACUCCAUAAAAGCUGAAGGUAAUGUUAAGAAUGGUAUAGAAAAGCAUUUUAAAAUGUGGAUUCCGAAUGGAAAAUCGUAUUGGACACGUGCUGAAUAAAAUCACCAGUAUCGUUUC